UUUCUAUAUAUGGAUUGGUCAUGAUCAAUGCAUGACAUCAAGCGUCGAACUGUCAAGGCUGCGUGCCAACGACUAUGUUUGCUAGCUUGUUCAUGCUAUCUUCACCUUCCGUAAGUGCUACCGCUCUUUCCCAGCACCGAAAUGUCUCGGCGCGUUUCCUGAACGUGCAAUACUAAUGACUCCUUAGAGCGGCUGAUUCGGUGUGUCAGAUAUAUGCUUUGAUAAUCCAGUAAUGACCGUGGUUGGAUCGUGGUAUGCAUUGGUCAAGCAUAUAAUUAUGUCUUCCUCACCCUCAAGUGCGAGAGACCCCUCUCUACUCUUUCGGCCCCUUCAAUCGUCUUAUCCUCUUCUCGUCCGUGGUUGACCCACAAUGGCGAACAAUAUCACUAUGUGGCCCCCAGACACAUUUUGUUUCCUUGCUCGACAGGCCUUCCAGGCUGAUGAAUUCAACUGCUUGUCGCCGGACAAUUUUACUGUGACGCAGAACAUGCUUAAUUUUCUCAAUUUAACAUCGGAUGCUGGUCUUUAUCGUCAGGCUUACUGCGUGAAUCCUGCGUCGGACGAUUCAUGCCCAUUUGGAUAUUGUCCGAACGGUGAUAUCGCUGGACCAUUGGUGCGAAUAGCAUCAUACAUCACGAACCUUUGUCUAUCUAUCCUGAUCUUCUACUCGCCGAAGUCCGCAGAAGAGGCCUUCUGGUCGCAAGUGCUAUCGAUUUACUCGCUACUUAUCACCUGCGUGGUGUCUAUCUUUCAAACAUCCCUUACUCGCUUCCAUGCUGCAAUCGCGACAGUCAUUACAGGCUCGCCACUGAGCUUCUAUCUUUUUGUAUUUUGCGUGGCAUCUUUCUGGUACAAGAAACAUCGACUCAAUGGUAUAGUCGGUGAAGGGCACUUGGCUGCCCGGUCCCUCAUCCUUAUAGCAGGCGUCGUGUGGUUUUGCCUACUGGUUUACAUCCUUGUCCCAACGCACUUCUCGGAUUUUGCCCAGGAGUCAUGCGAGACACAAUUUAGCCCACUCGCCACCUACCUCUAUGUCUUUCCCUUCCUCGAAAUUCCCUUUCUACGUACCGAUGCGCCUUGGUUGCUCGUAUUGGUUGUUAGCUUCUUAUCCCUCACAGUCAUCUCAUGGAUCGUUGCUAUCCUCCUCCAACGAAAAACAAUCUGGCCUCCUGGGAAAAAGUGGUCGCCUCGUUUUGGCCGCACGUGGUCUGUGAUCGGGAGGAAUUAUUCUUUCAUCCACUUCGUGUCUAUCGUGGUCAUACCAACUGCCUAUUGGAUUUCUGUUGUCGAGAUUGGAUGCGGUGUAACUCUUAACGAUGAAGAGUUCUCACUUUCAUUCGGUCAGGUCAUGGCGAUGUUUGUUGCGCUUCCCCCUCUACUGUCGACACUACGACUCUACAAAGUGUUCUUCAAGUGGUUCAAGGACCUGGCCUGGGUCCGACGCCUGUCCGGCAGACCUCGCAAACUUCCACAUGGUGACAUGGUAUUGAGUGGCGCUGCUGGUCCCAUAGGCGGACACGACUACGGAGAUGAUCACGGGAAGAGCGAAGUGGAGACGAACGAACGAACGUUGAAUUCGAAUGUCUGUUCCCUCGUUCACGCACAAAGCUGGUGUUCAUUAGUUCGCCCAUCGCCCACAUUCAAAGUGUAAUAUUUGGGAGUUAUGGUCGUAAAUCCUGUAUGAUUAAUGUCAUUGUGCUCAAUCUCUCUUUUGACUAGGAUGACAAGGACUUCUACAUCCAUGGGCAACGUUGAGAAUGAUCCUUUCUUAUUCCAUCCACUAAUAUCCCUCAUCGUUACUGUCUCGAAAGUCACGAACUUGCCAAGUAUAUGGCGCAUCAUAAUUGUUUGUGACGAUCUCAGUUUCACACGCUAAGUUAUCCCCGAAAGGAAAGGAUCGGUAUUGUUUGAUGCCUGCACAACGUCAAAUUCUGCACUGCCAUCUAUAUUCCCUGACGACGCAUGUACUUAGCUCCACAGGGUGGCAAGCUCUCGUCAUUUCUUUUACUUGAGCGUUCCUGCACCAGUGCAGUCAAUGACAAUCCACGACCGUGCAGAUAUGCGAAAUACUUCGCGACACUAAGAUCUGCCCCAUGGCUUUCUUGCAGUCAAUAUUUGUCAAAUCAGUCAAUCGUUUUGAGCUACCUAUAUAUAUAUGUACGUGAAUGGAUACUGCAUCUACAAUGAGAUCAUGU